CACACAGACCCUGAGCAGUUCAAUAUUAUAUUAAACAGUUCUAAUACGGAUAACCGUGCACUUUACCGGAUAAUUUUGUUGUGCUAAAUAUUGAAUUUAUUUUGGCUAAUUUAUAACAAAUUUAUACGUAUUAAAAUACAUCAGCGUAGAAUGAGUGUAAUUUAUACUAUCCUGCAUCUGUUUAUUCUAGUAUUUUUAAUUAAUAUUAAGAUAUCGCUGUCCCAGUACAAUAAACCGUGGAGUGAUAAAUAUGAAAACAAUAAGUGCCCAAAAUUGUACCCAAAGAAUUUUGUUAAUUAUGCCCCUGUGGGAAACCUAACAGCUGGAAAUUACUCUGAGAAACCAGAAUUGAAAGGUCUACGACAAUGUGUGAUGUCCUGCUGCCUGACAGAGUCAUGCAACAUUGUAUUUAUUGUGGAUGAGAGAUGUUAUCAUGUAGAGUGUGUAAGUGAUGAGCUGUGUCUGCCGCUGCCAAGACCUAAUAGCCGGAAAUGGGACGCUAGGCUCUCUAUGAUACUUGUCAAGCCAGUUUUGACUAACGAGAAUUGGUCAGAUAUUUUAGACCAAUCAAGUUACAACGAGGUUAGCAAUACUUAUUCUCCAGAAGAAGAAUCCAUAUACGCUCCAUACACUAAUCGCCGCAACGGCAUACUCUCCGAUGUGGACGACAAUAAAUUCCUCACACAUUUUAUCAGCAACUUACCCAAUUUGGAGGAGGAAGAAGUAAGAAAUUUGGAUAGGGAUAGUCCAGAAAACGACAUGGUCAUGGACGCAACAAGUUUUUUGGGAAAAAUUGCAUGCGAAGUCGGUGCUGCUGAUGACUGUCCUUUUAACUCAGAAUGCAUACCUAUAGGUCUCAAAUUACGCAACGGCAUUUGCAAAUGUGUACCAGGAACAGAGGAAAACGCACAAGGAACGUGUGUACAAACCCUUAGACCGUUUGCAAAAGGACCUACCAUGCAGAUGGAUUCUUUGAAGAAAAGUGUCGAAAUGAUUGGUGACUCUAGAAAUGACGAUUUAAAAAUUGAAUCUUCAUCACCGAAAAGUGUUCAGAAUUUGACGGUUUCUGUAUUACCGAAACAGGUGCAACUACCAGACAAUGAAGUGACAUUAUCAGCAUACACAAUUCCUGACGAAAAGGCAACAAACGAACACUAUAACUACGUUUGGACUUUAGUCAAUCAACCAAAGGGUGGAUUUACCGGAAACAUGAACCAAAACGGAGCAACAGUAACUCUAACAGACCUAACAGAAGGUCAAUACCAGUUCAAAGUAACAGUCAACGGUAGCAGCUACUACGGGGAGGGAUACGCAAAUGUUACAGUGUUGCCUCCGCAGCGCAUAAAUACGCCGCCGCAAGUUGUUAUCACACCGCAGUCACAGACUGUUAAGCUGCCUAAUUCAGGAGCUGUGCUCGAUGGAAGUGCUAGUAAGGACGACGACGCAAUUAUAUCUUGGCACUGGGAACUAACAGCGGGUCCAAUAGGAUACCAGCCGCCAUUGCAAGACGGGCCCACUCUAGUACUGAAGGACCUGAAACAACCCGGCAACUACACGUUCAAACUUACUGUGGAGGACUCCGACCAUAUCAAGAAUUCGACUACUGCUAAUAUCACUGUGCUUAAUCAUACGGAUUAUCCUCCUGAAGCCAAUGCAGGCCAAGACGUAAUAAUAUACCUGCCGAACAAUAAUCUAACAUUAAACGGAAGCCUGUCAACGGACGACCAUGAGAUCGUAUCUUGGGAAUGGACCAAAUCUGCCGAAGACGAAAAUAAAGCUGUCGACAUGCAGAAUACGCACUCACCGUAUUUACAGUUGUCAAACUUAUCGGAAGGGGUGUACACAUUCGUGCUAAAAGUAACAGACUCUUCGGGCCAAUCAUCCACAGCGGACGUACACGUGUUCGUCAAACCACCUACUAACACUCCGCCUGUCGCCAGCGCAGGCUCAGAUGUCUUCAUAUCCCUUCCUCAAACCUGGGUGACUCUAAACGGUACAGCAUCGCACGACGAUCACAGAAUCGUGGCGUACACAUGGCGCUGCCUCUCUGGGCCGAACAACGCCACUAUUAUAAACUACAAUGAGUCUCUAGCCAAUGCUACACAGCUUACAAAAGGACAGUAUGUCUUUUCGGUAACCGUUCUUGAUGAUAACGGAAAUUCUGCUUCGGAUAACGUCACAGUCACUGUUACACAGAACAAAAAUUCUCCACCAAAAGCAGACGCAGGUGGCGAUAAAGUACUGUCUUUACCAAUCUCAGUGCUCAUAUUAAACGGAUCAAAAUCGUAUGACGACUUUCGCAUCGUGUCAUGGAAAUGGACUCGCUCUGGAUUAGGGCUGGCCGCUGGUACUAUUAUAUUGGACUCUGAUACACAACCUGUGUUAAUGCUCACAAACAUAGAACAAGGCAGAUACGUGUUCGAACUUACAGUGACCGACGACCAAGGCGCAACCGAUCGCGACACGGUCAGCGUUCAAGUGAAAUCAGAUCCUCUAGAAAUGAAACUUCUAGAACUAACCCUGAAUACACCCAUAUGGGUAUUCUCCCAGAGCCAGUUAGACUCCUUAGUGCAGAAAAUGACGUUGUUGCUUAAAGGCAACGUGAAUGUGAACGUCACCGAAGUUAGAGGCGAAAUCGAUUCGCGAAACACGCAAAUCAUAUUCUUUUUGACUGAAGAUGGCAAACCAAUGGAAGGUAUUCGUGCCCUCUCGCUGUCUCGACCAGCGGGCAUAGCAGCAGGCGCGUCGCGGGUGCGUUCGGUCCGUUGUCUUAGCACGUGUUCGGGCCGCGGACAGUGCGAUUGGGCCACCCACUCCUGCCGUUGCGACGCCUUCUGGAUGCAGAGCCUCUUCGCACAAUUGGACCCUGAUGCCAUGCCUGAUUGUAAUUGGUCAGUGGUGUACGCGUCGCUAGGCGGCCUGGCGAUCCUGUGCCUGCUGUGUGGUUGCUGCGUGGGCACAAGCCGCCUGCUGAGGAGGCUCUGCGCACCGAGGAAGCCGCGUCCGAGGCCCAAGUACCGGCUGCUGCCUGCUGCUGACCACGAGGAGAGACCUUUUGCAAACAAAGAAAUAUCAGAUACCGAGACGGAUUCAGACGUGUUAUUCGAGUCUAAAAACAAGACUACCUCAUUCACGCGUGUGAUGAACGGCGGCGCUCCGCAGGGCAACGGUUGGAAGAAGAACGGCCAUUACAAAAGCAACCGCAAGGUCAAAACGUAGUACGGGACAACAAUUUGCUGUAGAAUGUAAUUGUUCAGCUCUAUAAGGAUGCUAAAUAUGUCAGCAUGCUUCUAUAUAGCGCCGAUACUAAAUGACAUAUACGAUUGUAUCUAAUGAGGCUAAAGACACUAACAAAAAUUACAAAAUAUAAGUAAGGACAAAAUGAAGGCUAAAUAACAUAAUAUAACAUUAAAGACAUUUCAUAAAGCGACAUUAACGUCCUCUUGUGGUAGCAGUUAAAGUACCGGUUGAGUGAGAUGGUUCAUAAAUCUCUCACAAGGUGUCGCUUACGGCGUUGAAAGCCAAAAACCCAAUACAAAGAUCUAUAACAGGCAUAGAAGAAUAUCGUCGACCUGAUAACGUGACCUGUAGCUCAGUUUGCAGAGCGACGCUACGGUACAUCGUGGUCGCAGAUUCAAGUCCUGUCGGGUCGAAGGAAUUUUUCUUUGUGUUAAUAAUUAUAACAAAGUAGUGGACUUAUUUCACAAAAAAAUAUAUGAAUAUCACGGUGGUAAAACAUCUUGAAAUUCAAUUAAAAUACAAGAUAAUAAAAAUGACGGA